GUUGUCGGUUUCAGGCCCCGACGAGAUGCGACACGUUCGAGAGGUGGACACAGCCCAUGUGGAUGGGGACCGCCAUGAUGACAGUUCCGGUGUGCAAGACGUGGGGUCCGUGGAGUGUGGUGGACUUCUGCCGGUUGCAUCGCAAAGCAGCGCGGUGUCUGGCGGAGUUUCCACAACAU